AUGAGCUCUCCAUGUCCAUAUAAACAACCAGAACACAAAUUGACCAUGAUCCCAGGUCCAAUUGAGUUUUCAGACCCGGUCCUUUAUGCCAUGUCGACCCCUUCGCAAGCACACACUUCUCCGGAGUUUAUCAAGACCUUCCAAACCACUUUACAAAACUUGAGAAAAUUAUUCAAGUCCACCGACAGUAAAGCGCAACCAUACGUGUUAGCUGGUUCGGGUACCUUAGGUUGGGAUGUUGUUGGUGCUAACUUGGUCAACCCAGGCGAUAAGGUGUUAGUUUUGUCCACCGGAUUUUUCUCUGAUUCUUUUGCUGACUGUUUAAAGGUCUACGAUGCUAAUGUGGAUGUUAUCACUGCAGAUGUUGGUGACGUAUUGCCAUUAGACAAGAUUGCUGAGAAAUUGAAGUCGGAAAAGUACACUGCGAUUACCAUUACCCAUGUCGAUACAUCGACUGCCGUUGUCAGUGACAUUAAGGCUAUUUCAGAUGUUGUGAAGAAAGAAUCACCAGAAACUUUGAUUGUUGUAGAUGGUGUCUGCUCUGUUGGUGUUGAGAACUUGGAAUUCGAUGCAUGGGGUAUUGAUUUCGCCUUGACUGCUUCGCAAAAGGCCAUUGGUGUUCCAGCUGGUUUGUCAAUUUUCUACGCUUCUGAAAGAGCUGUCACUAAAGCUUUGGAUAGAAAGAAAGAUUCGUCAUUCUUCGCCUCAAUGAAGAAAUGGACUCCAAUCAUGAAGGCUUAUGAGAGUGGUUCGGGUGCUUAUUUCGCUACUCCAGCUGUUCAGACCAUCACGGCUUUGAAGGUCUCUUUAGAUGAAAUAUUAGGUGAGUCAUUGAAAACCAGAUUUGCUAAGCAUGAAGAAAUUUCUUCCCAAUUCAAGAAUCAUUUGGCUAAAUCCGGAUUAAAGAUCUUACCAGUUAAUGACAAGGUUGCUGCUCAUGGUCUAACUGCUGUAUACUUCCCUGAAGGCAUUAAUGGUGCAGACUUCCUUGGCAAGGUUGCUGGAAAGGGCUUCACUAUUGCUGGUGGUAUCCACAAGGCAUUAGUCGGUAAGUACUUUAGAGUUGGCCACAUGGGUUUCUCUGUCUACGAAGGUCAUGUUGACAAACUUACUAAAGCCAUUGACGAGGCAUUGGCUGAAGUAGGAUACAAGAAGCAAUAA